UGGCAACCGACCGGGGCUGACCCAGCUCCGGGAAUACCACUAUACAACUUCCGUACUUGCGCAGUCCAAGAUCAACGUCAGAGCUCACCCUGCCCUAUAUCCUCACCCAGUAUCAACAACGUCCAUCACCGUCACCAUGGGCCGCUGGUCGCAUCUUGACAGCGAUGACGAGCGCCUGCCCGAUGGUAUGGUAAGGGUAGGCUACGACGCCGACACCCAAGUCUAUACCUACCGCGACCGCGACGGCAGCUACUGGGAGGGCGCGCCGGGCUGCAAGUACGGCAGGCUGUAUCGCGUGCAGCCGGCGCCCUUGCCGCGGCCACGCGCGCACAGCAGCAGCAGCGACUCCGAGUCCGACUCCGAAGACGACAGCGACAGCCCCAACAGCCCCAAGAACAACACCGAAAAGAACAAGAUCACCACCGACGAGAAAACGCCCCACCGCACCCAACCCGACCCCGCCCCCGCACACCUCUCCCUCCCCCACAAAGCCCGACUCCACCACCACGCCACCAGCCCCGCCCCGCAAAACAAGCCGCUUCCCGACCUGCCCGACGCCGACGCCAUCACACUGAGCGGCACCACCGUGCAGGACGACAGCGCGAGCGUAAGCGACGGCACCCCGCCGCAGGCACAGGCCCUCCAGCGAACCCGCAGCACGCUCUCCCGCCUCGCCCGCUUCCUCUCUUCCUCCUCCUCCUCCUUCUCCUCUCCGUCAUCGCCCCGCUCGCUGUCGCGUCGCGCCACGGUCGGCGGCGGGCAGGCUGGUGCUGUGUCCGGUCGCGAGGGUCGGUUCUCGCGGGCGGUGGGCGCUGCGGGUGAGCGGAGGGCUGCUGGGAGUGCGCGGUGGUUUGGUCAGGACCGGGUCCAGGGCCAGGAUCAGGGUCAGGGUCAAAGGCAGGGUGGUCAGGGGACGGAGGAUGGUCCGGGCGUGUGGGCGCGGAAGAGGGCGACGACGUUUGAUGAGAUCUUGGACAGGUUAGGGAGGGAGUGACGUUGUCUGAUGUUUCGCCGGCUAUGUUAUCCGGCGAUGGUUGCUAUGAUAUGAUGACGGUUCUCAUGGAAUGGAUGAAAAGACUGUCAUGGUUGAAGCUGUGGGAGUUGUUCUUGGUUGCGUUUUAGGUUCUUCGGUUC